AUGAGUGCCCCAGAAAAGAUGGGCUUGCCAGUGUUGCACGGGUCGGUUAAAAACCUCGCAAUUCGAUUUCAAAGGUCAUUGAAGCUGGUUCUCACGAUUCUUGUCGUCGUUACCGGUCUGUGGUUGAUUGCGCACUUGUUGGCCAUUAGCACCAGCCUUUCCUUGUUGGGGUAUAUGAGCGAGCAUGGUCCAGGUGGUGUAAUACCAGAAACACACGCUGCCCAUGUCGACGCCCCACGAAAGCAAGUCGUCGUCAGAACGAUACCUACCAACAGUGCCGGACUCGGCUCUGUGGUAGCGCAGUUACGAAGCAGCGCAGCGAUCGCGACGAUGCUGGGAGCCGAUUUUUCAACAUUUAGCGUUAUCUCGACCCACCUCACGCAAUAUCGAGCGGCUUCACUCCUGAAAGUCGACCUCCUAGGGACAGAACUACCCAAGGGGUCGAAAGUCUGCUCUAUCGCCUCGUCGCCCCACGAAGCUCGCACAGCAGAGCUGAUGGGAAGUUGGUGCAACAACGUGACACACGAGGCAUAUGCCCAAGAAUUACAGCAGCUGUGGAGCGACUGCAACCUCAUCAUAGACGACCGGGCAUGGGACGUGCGGUACGACAUGAGUAAAUGCACGUGGAAGUGGGUCAAACACGUCUUCACUGCGCUCGGCCUCAAAAAGCGGCGGGGGGGAAUCGGGCUGCACAUCCGGUGGGGCGACAUAUCCGUCCAGACGCUGCCGCCCGAGCGAUCCACGCCCGUAAAUUUGGCGGCUCAAAUGAUAGCCAAGAUGCGAGAAUGCGGUGUGCAGGACGAGCUCAGCGUUUACAUGGAGUGGCACAACGAUACGAUGCUCAGUGGCCUCGGCGAGCCGUACCGCCUCGUGGACUCGGGUGAUUCUAUCGACGAUCUCCUUGAUCUGGCUGCCAACCGGGUGUUGAUAUUAGAUAUCAGCAGCUGGACCGUGUUGGCGCACCAGAUUGCCGAGGGGGGUAUUUCCCUCGUCCCUAAUGUUGAGGGAUAUGAUGGGUAUGCUAUUCCCUGGGACGAUAAUGGGAUGAAUCGGGUCUUGCGAUGGAAUGAGUUGCUUGAUAUUUCAUGCAAUGAAUUUUCCCUUCUACUUGACUCGGACUUUUAG